AUGUGCGUCCUUCAUUUGACGGGGCUUGGUCUGAUUGGUCGCAGUGGAGUCAGUGUUCUAACACUUGUGGACCCGGCCAGGAAACUAGAACGAGAACUUGUACAAAUCCGGCCCCAGAGCAUGGAGGCAAACCCUGUCCUGGGGAUGACUCUGAAAACCGCCCCUGCAUUGGGAGGCAAAGUGGUAACGCCAUGGUCCAGCUGGGGAAGCUGCUCAGUGUCUUGUGGAGAUGGAACGCAGACCAGAUCCAGAGCCUGUGACCUGACAACUGACGAAGCAGCGCGAUAUAACUGUCACUUCAAAGAACAGCAGCAACAACCCUGCUCGAAGCCGCCUUGUCCAAUUGACGGGGCUUGGUCUGAUUGGUCGCAGUGGAGUCAGUGUUCUAACACUUGUGGACCCGGCCAGGAAACUAGAACGAGAACUUGUACAAAUCCGGCCCCAGAGCAUGGAGGCAAACCCUGUCCUGGGGAUGACUCUGAAAACCGCCCCUGCAUUGGGUGUCCAGUUGACGGGGCUUGGUCUGAUUGGUCGCAGUGGAGUCAGUGUUCUAACACUUGUGGACCCGGCCAGGAAACUAGAACGAGAACUUGUACAAAUCCGGCCCCAGAGCAUGGAGGCAAACCCUGUCCUGGGGAUGACUCUGAAAACCGCCCCUGCAUUGGGUGUCCAGGAGGCAAAGUGGUAACGCCAUGGUCCAGCUGGGGAAGCUGCUCAGUGUCUUGUGGAGAUGGAACGCAGACCAGAUCCAGAGCCUGUGACCUGACAACUGACGAAGCAGCGCGAUAUAACUGUCACUUCAAAGAACAGCAGCAACAACCCUGCUCGAAGCCGCCUUGUCCAAUUGACGGGGCUUGGUCUGAUUGGUCGCAGUGGAGUCAGUGUUCUAACACUUGUGGACCCGGCCAGGAAACUAGAACGAGAACUUGUACAAAUCCGGCCCCAGAGCAUGGAGGCAAACCCUGUCCUGGGGAUGACUCUGAAAACCGCCCCUGCAUUGGGUGUCCAGGAGGCAAAGUGGUAACGCCAUGGUCCAGCUGGGGAAGCUGCUCAGUGUCUUGUGGAGAUGGAACGCAGACCAGAUCCAGAGCCUGUGACCUGACAACUGACGAAGCAGCGCGAUAUAACUGUCACUUCAAAGAACAGCAGCAACAACCCUGCUCGAAGCCGCCUUGUCCAAUUGACGGGGCUUGGUCUGAUUGGUCGCAGUGGAGUCAGUGUUCUAACACUUGUGGACCCGGCCAGGAAACUAGAACGAGAACUUGUACAAAUCCGGCCCCAGAGCAUGGAGGCAAACCCUGUCCUGGGGAUGACUCUGAAAACCGCCCCUGCAUUGGGUGUCCAGGAGGCAAAGUGGUAACGCCAUGGUCCAGCUGGGGAAGCUGCUCAGUGUCUUGUGGAGAUGGAACGCAGACCAGAUCCAGAGCCUGUGACCUGACAACUGACGAAGCAGCGCGAUAUAACUGUCACUUCAAAGAACAGCAGCAACAACCCUGCUCGAAGCCGCCUUGUCCAAUUGACGGGGCUUGGUCUGAUUGGUCGCAGUGGAGUCAGUGUUCUAACACUUGUGGACCCGGCCAGGAAACUAGAACGAGAACUUGUACAAAUCCGGCCCCAGAGCAUGGAGGCAAACCCUGUCCUGGGGAUGACUCUGAAAACCGCCCCUGCAUUGGGUGUCCAGGAGGCAAAGUGGUAACGCCAUGGUCCAGCUGGGGAAGCUGCUCAGUGUCUUGUGGAGAUGGAACGCAGACCAGAUCCAGAGCCUGUGACCUGACAACUGACGAAGCAGCGCGAUAUAACUGUCACUUCAAAGAACAGCAGCAACAACCCUGCUCGAAGCCGCCUUGUCCAAUUGACGGGGCUUGGUCUGAUUGGUCGCAGUGGAGUCAGUGUUCUAACACUUGUGGACCCGGCCAGGAAACUAGAACGAGAACUUGUACAAAUCCGGCCCCAGAGCAUGGAGGCAAACCCUGUCCUGGGGAUGACUCUGAAAACCGCCCCUGCAUUGGGUGUCCAGGAGGCAAAGUGGUAACGCCAUGGUCCAGCUGGGGAAGCUGCUCAGUGUCUUGUGGAGAUGGAACGCAGACCAGAUCCAGAGCCUGUGACCUGACAACUGACGAAGCAGCGCGAUAUAACUGUCACUUCAAAGAACAGCAGCAACAACCCUGCUCGAAGCCGCCUUGUCCAAUUGACGGGGCUUGGUCUGAUUGGUCGCAGUGGAGUCAGUGUUCUAACACUUGUGGACCCGGCCAGGAAACUAGAACGAGAACUUGUACAAAUCCGGCCCCAGAGCAUGGAGGCAAACCCUGUCCUGGGGAUGACUCUGAAAACCGCCCCUGCAUUGGGUGUCCAGGAGGCAAAGUGGUAACGCCAUGGUCCAGCUGGGGAAGCUGCUCAGUGUCUUGUGGAGAUGGAACGCAGACCAGAUCCAGAGCCUGUGACCUGACAACUGACGAAGCAGCGCGAUAUAACUGUCACUUCAAAGAACAGCAGCAACAACCCUGCUCGAAGCCGCCUUGUCCAAUUGACGGGGCUUGGUCUGAUUGGUCGCAGUGGAGUCAGUGUUCUAACACUUGUGGACCCGGCCAGGAAACUAGAACGAGAACUUGUACAAAUCCGGCCCCAGAGCAUGGAGGCAAACCCUGUCCUGGGGAUGACUCUGAAAACCGCCCCUGCAUUGGGUGUCCAGGAGGCAAAGUGGUAACGCCAUGGUCCAGCUGGGGAAGCUGCUCAGUGUCUUGUGGAGAUGGAACGCAGACCAGAUCCAGAGCCUGUGACCUGACAACUGACGAAGCAGCGCGAUAUAACUGUCACUUCAAAGAACAGCAGCAACAACCCUGCUCGAAGCCGCCUUGUCCAAUUGACGGGGCUUGGUCUGAUUGGUCGCAGUGGAGUCAGUGUUCUAACACUUGUGGACCCGGCCAGGAAACUAGAACGAGAACUUGUACAAAUCCGGCCCCAGAGCAUGGAGGCAAACCCUGUCCUGGGGAUGACUCUGAAAACCGCCCCUGCAUUGGGUGUCCAGGAGGCAAAGUGGUAACGCCAUGGUCCAGCUGGGGAAGCUGCUCAGUGUCUUGUGGAGAUGGAACGCAGACCAGAUCCAGAGCCUGUGACCUGACAACUGACGAAGCAGCGCGAUAUAACUGUCACUUCAAAGAACAGCAGCAACAACCCUGCUCGAAGCCGCCUUGUCCAAUUGACGGGGCUUGGUCUGAUUGGUCGCAGUGGAGUCAGUGUUCUAACACUUGUGGACCCGGCCAGGAAACUAGAACGAGAACUUGUACAAAUCCGGCCCCAGAGCAUGGAGGCAAACCCUGUCCUGGGGAUGACUCUGAAAACCGCCCCUGCAUUGGGUGUCCAGGAGGCAAAGUGGUAACGCCAUGGUCCAGCUGGGGAAGCUGCUCAGUGUCUUGUGGAGAUGGAACGCAGACCAGAUCCAGAGCCUGUGACCUGACAACUGACGAAGCAGCGCGAUAUAACUGUCACUUCAAAGAACAGCAGCAACAACCCUGCUCGAAGCCGCCUUGUCCAAUUGACGGGGCUUGGUCUGAUUGGUCGCAGUGGAGUCAGUGUUCUAACACUUGUGGACCCGGCCAGGAAACUAGAACGAGAACUUGUACAAAUCCGGCCCCAGAGCAUGGAGGCAAACCCUGUCCUGGGGAUGACUCUGAAAACCGCCCCUGCAUUGGGUGUCCAGGAGGCAAAGUGGUAACGCCAUGGUCCAGCUGGGGAAGCUGCUCAGUGUCUUGUGGAGAUGGAACGCAGACCAGAUCCAGAGCCUGUGACCUGACAACUGACGAAGCAGCGCGAUAUAACUGUCACUUCAAAGAACAGCAGCAACAACCCUGCUCGAAGCCGCCUUGUCCAAUUGACGGGGCUUGGUCUGAUUGGUCGCAGUGGAGUCAGUGUUCUAACACUUGUGGACCCGGCCAGGAAACUAGAACGAGAACUUGUACAAAUCCGGCCCCAGAGCAUGGAGGCAAACCCUGUCCUGGGGAUGACUCUGAAAACCGCCCCUGCAUUGGGUGUCCAGGAGGCAAAGUGGUAACGCCAUGGUCCAGCUGGGGAAGCUGCUCAGUGUCUUGUGGAGAUGGAACGCAGACCAGAUCCAGAGCCUGUGACCUGACAACUGACGAAGCAGCGCGAUAUAACUGUCACUUCAAAGAACAGCAGCAACAACCCUGCUCGAAGCCGCCUUGUCCAAUUGACGGACAUUGGGGUCCAUGGACAUCUUGGGGUGAAUGCUGUGUUAGUAGUCGCUACAGAAAAAGAGAGUGUAAUAACCCACCACCAAAAUAUGGAGGGAGUUGCCAUGGCACAUUUCUUGAAGCUUCUACUUGCCUAGGUUGCCCAGGGAGUUGGCCACCUCCUAUAUGGACAGUUUGGUCAUCUUGUUCAGUGACCUGUGGUACUGGAAAACGUGAAAGAACUCGUUCUUGUGACAUGCCUAUAACAGAAGCCAUCAAAUACACGUGUUUUCAGCAAGAUACCGAAACCGAGAAAUGCUCUCAACCCCCCUGUACAGGUACGUAUAAGAAAAAUAUUAAAAAAUGUAGGCGUUUCCUAAAUCAAUGCAGGUUUCCAUUAACAAUGAGGCAGGCUAUUUUUUUAAUAAAUAUGUAAAA